CCAUCAUCAUCAAUUCAUCAUCAUAAUCAUGCGAGUGAGAGAAAUAAGAAACUGUUAUGUGGUUAUAUUGGUGAUGAUACAAAUAGCGAGCCGGGUUUGUGCAACAAGCAGGCCUAUUGCUUCCAGUCACGUUUCUUUUCAUCCAGGGCAAAAGAAGAAGCAAUGAAAUAUGUUCUUAUAAAUUUCGAAAUUCUAUCAUAUACAUUUUUAAUAGUAGUUACUAUUGGGCCUGCAGAGAUAAUAAGCCCACAGGCUGCAGAGAGGCCCGUAUUGAAGCCCAGUGAUAACAAAGAAAUAGAGGAGAUGGAGAGAAGAAGAAGAAUAGGAUCAAAGCCACCAAGUUGUGAGAAGAAAUGCUAUGGAUGUGAGCCAUGUGAAGCAGUCCAAGUCCCUACCAUUUCUUCAGUUCCUCACCUCUCUCCUCAUUAUGCUAAUUACCAGCCUGAGGGUUGGAGAUGCCAUUGUGCCCCUUAA